GCCGCCGCCGCCGCUUGCGAGGCUCGGGGAGCGGCGGGGCCAUGCGGGCGGCGCGCUGUGGUCGCGGCCCGGGGCGCGCGCGGGCGGCUCCACGUGGGGACUCGGGUGGGCUCUAGCCGUGGCCGGAGCCGGAGCAGCAGCCGCAGCCGGCGGCGCCGGACGAGCGGGAGGCGGCGGCCGGGCCGGGCCGGGCAUGGGCAGCGCCGCGCCCCGCUGAGGCUGGGGGAGCGGGAUGGCCGCGGAGCUGAGCCCCGAGGAGGAGCAGGCCACCAAGCAGUUUCUGGAAGAGAUUAACAAGUGGACUGGACAGUACAAUGUGUCUCCGCUUUCCUGGAACGUUGCUGUCAAAUUUCUCAUGGCCCGGAAGUUUGAUGUCCUCAGAGCCAUUGAACUGUUUCACUCCUACAGGGAAACGAGGCUGAAGGAAGGAAUUGUGAAGCUGAAACCUCACGAGGAACCUCUGCGCUCUGAGCUGCUCAGCGGAAAGUUCACCAUCCUUAGUGUGCGGGACCCAUCUGGGGCUUCUAUUGCACUCUUCACUGCCAAGUUACACCAUCCCAAUAAAAGCGUCCAACACGUGGUGCUCCAGGCUCUGUUUUACCUGCUAGACAGAGCUGUAGAGAGCUUUGAAACCCAGAGGAAUGGCCUGGUGUUCAUCUAUGAUAUGGCUGGGUCCCAGUACACCAACUUUGAACUGGACCUCAGCAAGAAAAUCCUCAACCUGCUGAAGGGAGCCUUCCCAGCUCGCCUCAAAAAGGUGUUCAUCGUGGGAGCUCCUAUGUGGUUCCGAGUCCCAUACUCCAUCAUCAGCCUCCUGCUGAAAGAGAAGCUGCGGGAGAGGGUGCAGAUGGUGAAGAUGUCAGAGCUGAAGGAGCACCUACCCAGGGAGUGCCUCCCUGAAUACCUGGGUGGAUCCCUCAGGCUGGACCCUCUCAGCUGGAACUGUCGGUUCCUACCCCAGCAGAAUGGCCACCCAGACCCUCUGGAUGAGCUCAUCUUAGUGCCACUGGUUUCCCCCAAGGACAAUGGCUCAGUGCAUGUUCCAGGACCAAAGUCCGUGACUGUUCAGGAACUGAUGGACCAUGUGAACCGAAAGCAAAAACGGGGAAUCUAUGAGGAGUAUGAGGACAUCCGGCGUAGAAGCCCUGCAGGGACCUUCAUCUGCUCCUUGGCUCCGUAUAACCAGGAGAAAAAUCGAUAUGGUGAUGUGCCGUGCCUGGACCAAACCCGAGUGAAGCUGACCAAGCAGUUCAGUCGCCCGGAGCUGACAGACUACAUCAAUGCUAGCUUUAUGGAUGGCUACAAGCAAAGGAAUGCUUACAUUGGUACUCAAGGACCUCUGGAAAACACCUAUUGCGACUUCUGGCGCAUGGUUUGGGAGCAAAAUGUUCUGGUGAUUGUCAUGACAACCAGGCUGGAGGAGGGAAACAGGAAGAAGUGUGGCCAAUAUUGGCCCCUGGAGAAAGACUUCCGAGUGUGCUAUGGGACUCUCACUGUCACCAACCUUGGGGUGGAAAACCUGAAUCAUUACAAGAAAACCGUUCUGGAAAUCUAUAAUACCGAGAACAGAGAGCGGCGCCUGGUGUCUCAUUUCCAGUACUUGAGUUGGCCGGACUAUGGCGUCCCCUCAUCAGCUGCCACUCUCAUCGACUUCCUGGGAGCUGUGAAGCAGCAGCAGAGGGUUGCAGUCAGUGCCCUGGGGCCACGUUUCAAAGGUCACCCAGGAGGACCACCAAUAGUGGUCCACUGCAGUGCUGGCAUUGGCCGUACAGGUACGUUCUGCGCACUGGACAUCUGCCUCUCGCAGCUCCAGGACGUGGGCACACUGAACGUACACCAGACGGUGAUGCGGAUGAGAACGCAAAGAGCCUUCAGCAUCCAGACCCCUGAGCAGUACUAUUUCUGCUACACGUCCAUCAUCGAGCAUGCUCAGCGCGAGGGUCUGCUGCCCUCCAACCACACGCGAACAGGCCAGGAGAAGAGCUAAUCAGGACAAGGGGCCCCCACCCCUGAUGGCAAGGACUGGCUCUGUCAAUCACGAUCAGCCCACCUUCCUCAUGACUAGUCCAAAUUCAGCGGAGCCUUUGGGUUGCAACCAUCAGUGAUGCUGAGACAGACUCCUUUGUUGUAAGGCUCCCGUUGUUGACCUUUCUUUGGCUAGCUGGUUAUAACCUGUCUCAGAGUAGCCACUGACUAGCAGCUCAUGUUUCUAAAGUUUAGCACCUGCCAUUGAACUGUGCCUUAUUAAAACCAAAUCAUGGCUGCCACUUGCCAGGGGUAACUAGAGAGGAGUGGGAAGAGGAUUUACUUCUCACCUUGGUGUCUUUAUUUUUUUUUCCAUGGGACCACCUGAAAUGCCCAUAGAGAGGGCUUGACUUGAAUAUCCAUCCUAGAAACCAUUUCCAGUACCACCCUUGCCUAGGGUUUAGAAAAGGCAUGUACUUCAGUCUUACCUGCCACUAAGCGUGAGUGUCUGUAUGUAUGUGUGUAUAUAAUAUAUCCUUGAUGUGUUCGGGUCUAUCCUACAUACGUAUUAUAUAGAUACAUAUAUAUGAGCGCGCCUGUCUUUAGCAGCUCACAGGGCUCAGUCUUGUAAUGUUGUCUCACUGCUGUGAUCUCGAGUGACGAGUGAUAGCCUUGCAGUGGUAACAGUGCAACGAUGUUACUGGCUCUUUCCUUUCCUUUCACUCCUUGGACACAACUUUAGGGAUGCAGGCACUCACCAGGAACCAUGCACACUGGUGUACAGAGCAGGGUGCAUAUCAUACCAGCAUGUUCUUGUUGGACUGGUGCUGUGCAGGGAAUUAGCACUCCUGUGAGCUGGUGAGAUGCUGCCAGGGGCACAUGGCACAUCCUUCUUCCCAGAGGCUGUUAGGGAUUGCUUAACAUGACCUGUCUUGCUAUUGUGCAACUGCUCUCUCUUCCCCUUGCCUGUCUUGCUUUGGUUCAGAGGGGUGGGCCAGUUUUCCCAGGAGCAGGGCAUUGCAGAUUUCCCCGUGACAAAAGGAUGUUGCUGCCCUGGGACAGGCUCCCCCCUGCUUCCAGGGAGGCCAGUUGGUACGAAGUGCUGCAGGGCAGAGGGUGCAAGCUGCUGUCAGAACUACUGGGCUUUCCUUGAUGGCAGUAAUAUUCUGCAGUUGGAGUUUGUGCUUUUCUAGAGUCCCACCCGUCUCAGCCAUACUUCACCAGGGCGAGUGGUGGCAGCUCCUAGCGCCAAGCAAAAGCCAAAACCAUCUGAAGGUAGGGAAAUCAGAAACCUCAGAGUAGCUGGUGUCCCCUUCCUCCACACAGCACCCAGUCUGUCAGGGAUCAGUGCUGAGCCCAUGUCCCACCCCAGCCUUCUUAAGGUGCUGUUGGGAUCUCUAUCUAUCAUGCCCCCCUCUUCCCCGCCCCAGGAGGUGAGGCUGGCAGCUGAGUGGACCUCAGUAAUUUUAUACUGUAAUAAGCUCUUUAAAUGUGUAUAUUCUUAUUUUUACAAUCUUUUUUUGUUUUGUUUUGGGGGUUUUUUUGGUUUUGUAUUUAACAUGAACUUGAUCAGAGCCAGAAAUAACUAUAAAUGUUCCUAUUCGCUCUCGUAUGGUGAUGCAGUUUUUGUAUUGACAUAUAAAUACACCAACAGAUGACCAGUGCUCUUAGCUUCAUUGAAGUAGCAGUAUGGGAACAGAGGGAGGAGGUUGAGAAGGGGACUGUGGAUGACAACAGAAGGAGGAGGGGGGUUAAUGUCAUGGGCCCAAUGCCCCCAUUUAGACCAAAUACUGGCUUCGUCUCCAGUAGGCAAUGAUGUAAUUGGGAGUCAUAGAUUCAUAGAUGUUAGGGUCGGAAGGGACCUCAGUAGAUCAAGUCUGACCCCCUGCGUAGGCAGGAAAGAGUGCUGGGUCUAGAUGACCCCAGCUAGAUGCCUAUCUAACCUCCUCUAGCAGACUCCCAGGGUAGGGGAGAGCACCACCUCCCUUGGGAGCCCAUUCCAGACUUUGGCCACUCAAACUGUGAAGAAGUUCUUCCUGAUGUCUAGUCUAAAUCUGCUCUCUGCUACCUUAUGGCCAUUAUUUCUUGUGACCCCCAGGGGUGCCUUGGUGAGUAAAGCCUCACCAAUUCCCUUCUGUGCCCCCGUGAUGAACUUAUAGGCAGCCACAAGGUCGCCUCUCAACCUUCUCUUGCGGAGGCUGAAGAGGUCCAGGUGCCCUAGUCUCUUACAGGGCUUGGCCUGCAAGCCCUUAACCAUACGAGUGGCCCUUCUCUGGACCCUCUCCAGGUUAUCCACAUCCCUCUUGAAGUGCGGCACCAAAAUUGCACGCAGUACUCCAACUGUGGUCUGACCAGCGCCCGAUAGAGGGGAAGUAUCACCUCUUUGGUUCUGUUUGUCAUGCACCUGCUGAUGCACGAUAGUGCCAUUAGUUUUUCUGAUGACUUCGUCACACUGACGACUCAUGUUCAUCUUGGAGUCCACUAGGACUCCAAGAUCCCUUUCCGCUUCCGUGCCUCCAAGCAGAUCAUUUCCUAGGCAGUAGGUAUGCUUUCCAUUAGUUCAGUGGAGGCAGGAUCAGACUCUCAGGGGGUGCCAACUUAGAUGUUGGAGAGCUUUGGUCAGAGAAGAGCUUCUCAUUAGGCCUCAAACUGAAUGCAAGUGCUUCAUGCAUGGCUGUUCUGAUGUCAGUGAAGGAAAUGCAGGUAGCUCUUGUUGGUUAGAAGUGCAUUCAUUAUGCAUUGUUAGACUCUGCUUCUUGUGUGUGCAGUACUUGUGUGGAUGAUCCCUUGUAAGGCCCAUGGGUUGGGGCUACUGCCAACAAGAAACAAUCCCAGUUAAAUGAGUCUCCCCUCCCAAGUCCUGAAUUCUCUUUGUAUUAAGCAACCUUCCCUGAAGGAGUGGGUACAGACAGUCCACCUGGGAGCAGAGGGUGGGCUUUGUGUUUCAAGUAAGUUAGUGCUCCUUCCAGUAAUUGGUCAGUUAAAUUCUAGCACAUCUAUCUCCUCCCCCCCCCCCCCUCCCCCCCAAGAGAUGCAGGCAAGGCCCAUUGUCAUCUUCAAGCUUUGGAUAGAGGAUGGCUGGCAAAAAUAAUCUGUGCGUCUUGUGAAGGUUAAGUUUGCCGACUCACUCUGUAAUUUAAUACAAAAGCCUCAAUUAUGUGAUUAAUUACAGAUCGCUUCACAUGCUAAAUACCAGCAUGUGGCAGGAUUUAAAUUUGAUAGAGUACAUUGGGGGGAUCCUGGGCACUUGUUAUUUAAAUUGAGCUAGCGCCAGUAAAGGACUUUGGGAACAAAAUGUUAGGUGCCGAGGUAUCCAGCCCCCAUGAUGGAAUCGUUAACCCUGUGUUGAGUGCCCCAGCUCCCUGCGUGCUGGCUGGGAAAGAGAAGUACCAUAGAACAGAACCUCGGAUAGUCAGUGGGCUACUGCCUGGUAACAGGAAAUACUGAGGAUGGCAGGGGGAGGUGCACACACCCAGCCAUCUCCACAGCUUACGUGCCCAGCUCCGGGCUGCAGAGAAGUACCUCUGUCCACUUGGGAAUCCUGGACUGUCCUGAAGCCAGGCACCUGUGCCUGUUCUUCCAGUGAACCAAGCAGGGCUCCAUCUUUAAAGCACAAGUAAAGAAGUUGGGGAUGGCGCUGCCCUCCUUCUUCCAAAAAUAGCCUACUGGUUACAGCAGCUGCCCAGGAAGUGGGAGACUCAUUUCAAGUUCCCUGAGGAGAUACAGACCUUCAUCUCUCAUCACCUAGCAGGCUAGAGGCUGUUCUACAGCAGGCCCCUCUCCACCUGUCCUGCUGAUACUGUGCUGCUGUGCAGGCAAGAAAUCAAGAUGCCUUGGUCAGAGAGAGCAAACAAGGGGGGCGAGGGCAUGGCCCUGUGGUUUGUGGUGAAUGUACUAGGGUGGGAUGAGAGGGUAACUCCCUAGGGUCCACUCCCUGAACCAUUUCUUUGUUUAUAUCUGAGUUAGUGGCAGCUGCCACUGCAUUUUGUGAGGAUCUCGGUCCUUUUGGGGUGUGGAGGGCGUAUGCUGAAAAUGUCUGCUGGCGUGAUGCCAUCAGGAGGAUUAGGAAGAAGGACAUCUAUCUGGAUCCUGAUUAGACUUAGGUGUGUACUGGAGACCAAGCUGCUCUGUUCUGACAAGACUGGGGCAGUUCUGGACAGAGGCACAGUCUUACUGUCAGUAAGAGCUGUAGCUUCAGAGUUGGUAGCAGAUGAGCUGGGAUGUCAGAGGGGACACACUCAGAUUUAAGUGCCCGCUUUACUGCCAGAUUCCCUUCUAUGGAUCUGGCCUUUUAUUAGUAUCUGGAGGUCCCUACUCAAACUGGAAUUUUAUUGUCUUGGGUCCUAUCCAGAGUGCCCUGGAGAGCUCACAGCCUAAAGAUAAAAUGGAUGGGAAUGGACCGAGGCACAGAAAAGGGAGGUGCCAGGGUCAGAUCUUUAACCCCCCGCUCUCCCUAGAUCUGUGAACUGGCCCCUCUUUUUUUAAACUUUCCAUGUCAUUUCCAUGCACACAUUCCCUCCUUGAUGACCACCCAGGAGGUAAGUUCUCAUACCUGUCAUGUGAGAGCUCAUCCACAUAUUUUUGCUCAGAUUAUAAUGAAAAUAACUGGACAGGACUGAUGACACCAGCUCUCCUCAGUGCAAGUGUGCUUCUGUAUGCACAUAGAUACAAAUGCACAAAGAUGUAUUAAUGCUGUACUCACUUGCAUUGGGAAGUGUCAGCCAUGUCCCUUCAACCACUGAGUUCAGUGUCUGCUAUAACCACUUUGCUUGAUAUUUGUUAUUGCUUUUACUAACCUUAUUUAAAUGUAGGGGUAGUUGCAUGUAUAAGUAAAGUAUGUAUAUUUUAAUUCUCCCCACCCCACUUGCGAAGGUACUACAGACACUGAGAAUUCCUUUCACCAGCUUGUUGCCCCUCUAAGGUGUCCAACACCUGCUGUUUGCAAAUCUUGGUUCCUUUCUCCAAUCCUGAUCUGUAUAAAAAAGAACAAGGUGAAUGUUAGGUGCUCAGACCCUGCAGAGAGAUGUAGUGUUAUUCUGCAGCCCAAUAGCCAGACAAGGUGGAUCUCAUUAGAUUCAGCACAGCACAGUCCAAGUGUUGGCAGCAUCCUAGAGGCAGAGCGAACAAGAGGCAGGGACAGGGAAGAAUGGGAAGGAAUAAGUGCAAACAGUAAACAGCCUCAGGGACACUCAGUCUUGGGCUUGUGUCUGUCCCUUGGUUAUACCAAUACAGGCCAAGGCAGUAAUGCUGGGGCACUAUCCAGUGCAUGCUGUGAGGAGUCACUAAUCAAAGACAUUAGCAACUACAAAAUCCAUCCCAGAGAUCAGGGCCCUGUUGGGGGUAUGUACUAUGUGUAAUGCAUGGAGAUGGACAGCACUUGUCUUGAUGAGCCAGUAAGAUGAAACAAAUGAUCACCCAAGUCCCAGGCUAGCAUCCUAUCUAUUAGGCCUCACAACCUCCCUUGGGAAAGCUGUUAGUAAUUAAAAAAAAAAAAAAGUACCUUAAGUGAAAUCUUGGCCCUGCUGUUCAAUGGGAGUUUUGCUACUGAAGUGCUUGGAGCUGAGUCAAAACAAGAAACUUUUAAGCCCAUUUUUCCUUGCUGUGGUUGGUGCCACCUUCCCCAGGUGUGAUCAAAAAGGAAAGGGAGAACUCUCACUUCAGGCUGACUGACCAAGAUGAAGUCCAGUUCGUAAAUACAGCAUGAGUCUUGAGAUCCUCUUGAAUGAAGAAGGUGGAAGCAAGUGGUAGGGAAAACUUCACAGUUUUAAGGGCAUGGACAGGUGAUUGAUUACUUAGCCUAGUAGCACUUAUAUUUGUUUUGUAUGGCAGUGUCCACUGCACUGGCUGUUACCUCAGAGCAGCUGUAUGCAGUAGGCCUCACCGCUUGGUGGUGGUAAAGCCGAUCAGAUCGUAUUCGCGUUCAGUGAAAAGUUGUCUCAAGAUGGACACAGACAUUUAACUUGGUAUAACUCUCCUGCUUCCCAGCCCUGGACCCAGUAGCAUAACUAAGGUGUGUGAGCAAGCACUAACUUGUGGGCGGAGGGGGGAUGACAAAAAUAGCUUCCACCUUCUUAAUUCAACAUGCAACCACUGUCCUCUAUGUUGCUGUGGCCCAGGGCCCAGAACUGCCCAGCUAUGCCUUUGCCUAGAUGCUACAUUGCUGUUAAUACAGUAUUGGGUCCCAUUGCCCUAUCAGUAGCUCUGUUAUGGCUGUGCCUCCUACUAACAAGGUGCCCCAAUAAACUCUCAUGCAUGCCAGUGCCUCUCUCCAUACGAAUAGUCCUGCUAAGCUAAAACAAGACUACUCCCAUGUGGAAUGAUGCAUUUGUAGGACUGCAGGGUGGAGUGAGUCAGAAGUUUAUGUACAGGAAAAGCAUCCUGCUCAAGAGUUAGGCAAGGGUAGCCAUGUUAUCCUAUUACACAUGGAUGAGCCGCACCAAAGUGGCUAGCAAGUGUCAUCUGUACAGUCAGAGUUUUGUGCAGGAAACGUACCAUGGUGAGAGAAGUAUGCAAAGCCUGCAGGAAACUGACCACAGCCUGCAAGUUGAGACUUGGUGCCUGUACGUUCUUGUCAACCAAUUCUUCUCACCCAAAGUUGAAAAUGGAAACAUAACUGAAAAACCAACCCAGAGGAGGCUAUGUCAAUCUAUGAAUCACUGGCACAGAAUAGAUCCAUUUCUAAAGAGAUGUCCUACUUUGCUUAGGAAGAGGGAUACGCAAGACUCAAACUGGGCCUGAUUCUUCUAUUUCAAAAAGAAAAAAAAAAAAAAAGACUAAAAUGCUUGCAUUCACUGUAGAAGAAUUUGAAUGGCCAAGUCGUAAUGUACUACAGAGGCAUGUGUGCUUUGCUUUUUCCCAAGUUUCACAAUGCAGGAACAAGGGGACAUUCAACAAAAUUGAAAGAUGCCAAAUUCAAGUCUGCUCAAAGGAAAGUUGCUCACUUCAGCAUGUGAUUAAACUGUGGAACUCGCUGCCACGGGGUGUUAUUGAGACCAAGAAUUUAAUAGUGUUUUACAAGGGAGAGGUUUUUUAUAUGGAUUGCAAGAAUAUCCAUGGACAUAAUUAACAAUGACAACAAUUUUGGGACAGGAACUUAAAACUUCUGCUUUAGGGAUCAAGCCAACAUCUAGCUAUCUGCAGUCAGUGAGAGACUGAACAUAGGAUAUCCUACCUUCAUCUCUGCCAGCUCUAGGAUUCUCAUGCUUUCCUAUGAAACACCAGGUGCUGGUCAUGGUCUGAGGCAGGAAACUGCUUCCAUCGGACCCCAAGUCUGAGUCAGCCUGAUAAUUCCUAUUACUAGAGGGUGACAAACAGAUGCUGCAUUUGUCCUGGGAGAAACCAUACUUUAAACUCCCAAUGUGAACUGAUCAUAUUCCAGGUUGAUACUUUAACCCAGAUAGGCACCUCUAUUGUGAAUUAUAAGUGUACAGAUUUAAAAUAAACGAAAUAGAUCAAGCUAAGUGGACCAGAUUAUUUAUAUGAAUCCCCCUGGGUGUGGACAGAUACAACCUUAAGCAGUUUUAAAAGGGGGAAGAAGGUGAGAGUCCACUCAGGAGCAUCCCUCAGCUGAUCCAGUGUAAACGUUUUGUCUGUGUGCUUCUAACCCAGAAUGAAAUGGGUGGAACAUUAUCUUCAUUCAGCCUUCACUUGUCAUGGGAUAGAGUGGACAGAUGACUUAAUUCAUGCACAUUGGCUGUAAAGCAUUAUAAUUUUAAAGUGCUUUUAACGUUAUGUCACUCAGGCCUCCUCACUUAGAUUUGAUUGCAUACCAGUAGGAAAGAAAAGAAGAAUUCUUCACACACGUUAAAUGAAACUGGGAAAUUUAUUUUUCUCUCUCUCGGAUGUAAAAAACCUUACCCCUCCCUAUGUUCACAUUUUUUCCUUAAAAGCAUUGGCCCUUUAAAUUAUGCUCACUCUUACAUAGCAUUUGUCCAUUCAUGUCAAAGCACUUUGCAAAGUGGGUCAGCCCCAAUUUGAUUCCAUUUUUACCUGUGGGGAGACUAAGGAAAGCACUGCAGUAAUGAAGGUUGAAUCUGAACGGGUCAUCAUCAACUCCCACUUCUUUAAGGUAUACUUUGGGUUUCACAUACGCCUACUGCUACAGUCACAGGUGCUGUGUGUGUCAUUUCUGCAAAUGCUGCAUGUUUCCAAGCUGGCCUUUAAAGAGGCUGGGGAGAGCAACAGGGGGAGUUUGCCCAGGGAACAGUCACUGAUUGAGAGGAAUGACAUAUGUAGGGGGGAAAGGAUGUUUUCUGUAGGAAAGUAGCCCAUGUGGGUAUAUAGGUGUUUGGAUUAAAACUUUUCACCUCAAGGAGAGAAACAGGCCUGUAGGCUAGUGUAUGAGGCCCUGACUUUCUGAUACGCACAAGCAUGUCACUCAUGUUUGAUUUAUCCUUGUGCCAGACAUGUUGUAAAUUGGGUUCGAGCAUUUGCACUGAUAGGUGCAAAUCGGUGUGUACCUUGGGUGUGACACAUGUUCAAAAGUACUUGUGCAUGUUUGCAUACAUGCUUCUCAACAUAUAGGUGGUUUUCUACCUUUUUACAUAGAAGCACAGUUCCCAAGAAUGCCUGCAGGAGCUUUGCAAGCUAUAGGAGCUAUGGGCAGAAUAAGACCACUUGAAGAGGGUACUGCUGGGGGGACUCUGAGCCAAGGGACUAUGGAGACCUAUCAGUUCUCAUCCCACUGUGAUCGUGAAGCUCAAGUGUUCUUGAGUGCCAGUGAGUUGUGUGUGGCUCUGGGGGGGUGUUGAUACCACAAAGCUUUAGGUAUUGUGGUGGUUUCACAGGAAUGACUGGCUGUCAAUGGCUUGACCAGGGAUCACUACAAACCUAAUCCUCAGUCAGCAACAACCCCAUGUGCUGCAGCGAAGAUGGAGAGGAGCUAGGCACCAAGGCCCUGGCGGGGAAAAAAAUCCCUUCUUCCCUUCAGUUAAUUUCAAGAAUGUGUAACCUGGACCGUCCGAGAGCUUUCUCCUGCACAUCGUUGUUCUAUGGGCAACCCAUCAAAGCCUGCUCCUCUCCUCUGAGCCCCAGCCAGUGGGUGCUGGGGUAUGGCUCAUUCUAGCUGCUACGUGUGGAGCUCUGCCAUGGCUAUUUCUCUGCAGGGGAUGUCAGUGGACAUGGAAAUUGUCUGUGUCUCUGCUCCCCAUCUAAUGGAUCCCUCUUGCCAGUUGGAAGAAUCUGAGCAAAAUGGGGAGAAAGACAUUGAGUUUUUCUGUUGCAAACUGUUCUUUUUAACAAGGUCAGAAGGGAGCUCAGCAGAACAGCUUGUACAGCCAUUAGAAACAGGUGGGACAGCUGGUUCCAGAGUAGGACUCGCCCUCCUGUACUAUUCAUGUCCCUGAGAGCAGCUGCACGCCCUUUCUCUAGCUGGCCACAGCCCUUUCUAGCAGUCCACACCUUCUUAGGCAGUAAUGUGCCAGUCACUACUCCCUCUUCCAGGAACCAGCCCUGUUGCUAGUGAGAUGGAAAUGCUCCCAGCAUCCUUUGCUUCCUAUAAGUGGCCCUGAUGGUAGAAAGCAGAAACUGAGCAGCUCCUGGUUGUUACACCAGAGAUAACUCAGCACUUACUGUGUGGAUGACUCAUGAGUUAGUUGACUACCAACGCAGCAGGAAGUUUGGGCUUUCCUGGCCGUCAGACAAGAUGGUUGGAAGAAAUACUUCUCCAUCCACCAGCUGUAGGAUGGGUGCUGCUGAAUGCUGCAUAGGCAGGCUGCCUGGGGGACUAGCUGGCUCUCAAAAGGGGCAGCGGGAAAUCCAUGAGGGUCUGUUCUUCUCCACAUGGCAGUGGACAAACCCUCAUGAGCAGGGAUCCUGGUUUUCUCUGAUUUAAAAAAAAUACGCUAUUUUCAGUUAAAGGUAACCCCAAAUACACAUUUUUCUGUGAUUUAAACGAAACGUCACUAAUAUAUCGAUACUAGCAAAUUGCCCAUCAAGAAUGAUGGGAGGGGCAGGCAGGGAAGGAGCCCUGCAUCUGGCCCUGUGCCCCCCACCCCCACUGCUCCAUGUCUCGCCCCACGACCCCCCCACCCCCACUGCUCCGCAUCUAGCCCUGCUUCCCCUCCCGCCCCGCCGCUCUGUGUCCAGUCCUGCUCCCCCCCUACCACUCUGUGUCCAGCCCUACUACCCACCCCCACCAUUUCGAGUCUGACCCCCAACAUCCCCCUUCCUCCUCCCUCCCUGUCUGCUGCCUCCCCCUCCCUGCCAGGUGGCGGGGGGGUGGCACUGCUACCAUGAUCCCUCCCUUUGCCAUCAGGCAGGGAGACAGAGAGAAGCCCCACUGUUUGGGUGGCCAGGGCAUGUUCACUGCUGCCACAAACUUCCCCAGCAGCAGAGCAAAGUUGGGGCCACGCAGCCUAGGCCUGUAAAGCUAAUUUCCGCCCACCCUCUCAGCAGCACUUGUACUGUUGGCCAAAAGCAUUACAAACAGACAGACACACAGACAGGUAGACUAAGCCCUUAUAUAUAUGUAGCGGUGUUUCAUUUUAAUCAUGGAAAAAUGUGGAUUUGGGGUUACUUUUUUUAACUGAAAACUCAGGAUUUUUUUUAAAUCUGAGAAAACCAAGAUCCCUGCUUGUGAGUCAGUAGGCUUCUUGGAGCAGAAAAGAGGUAGUGCUGGCUGAGUCGGAAGUCUGCCCUAAGGCAAAAGUGUCCAGCUUCUGCAGGUAGAACUGGGACCACAUAGUACCAUCUCUUAGCCAUCAUGCAGCCUCUGGGUUGCUGUAGUGCAUCAGGGCUGCUGAGAUGGCUGGCAACUUGGGAAGUUCCUCCCAGUCUGGAAGCCUCAUCAGCAUUACAGCCAAGGUGCCAAUACCAGGGUGAUCAGAUACACAGUUCUCAUGUUACUAUCUCUGCUGGAUUUGAGGGGAAAACUCCACAGAAGCUCAGAUCUGUGCAUUCCUAGCAGCUUUGCCAAGAGCUUGAGAAGGGUAGAAUUCUGUGCACUCGUGUUUAAAUAACACAAUUCAUGUCUGUCACCUGUAUGAAUGUAAAACUAUUGCAUUUGUAGAUUCAAUGUAUUCAGUAGCUCAGUGAAUGAUUCUUUUGAAAGCCAAGGCUUCCUAAGAUGUCAUGAUAUGUAUUAUCCAGCCUCUAAAUAGACUUGUCCUCCUAGUUAUGUCCAGCUAUGUGCUAACAAGUCUGCAAGACAGGGACUGAAAGGGAUCAGGAAAGUUGCAAGAGCUGGGAGGGGAUGGGAGGUUGGAAAGAGACACAGUUGACUUCUUUAAGAAUAUGAUCUUGUUUCUUGGUCCAUGUCUUACCAAGUAGGGGUUAUAGGCACAAGCCUACACACUGACGUCCAGUGAUAGGAAGUAACAGGUUGCAAUCAAAAAGACACGUGUGCCUGAUGCAAUGAGCAGAAUGGUGCGCUCCACAAUAAAUUAUUAUUCCACUUAUAACAUUGUACAUUUUGUUUUUAAUAAAACACCUUCCAUGGUUAAAUAUC